UUUCAUCCUUGUUCAAGUUUGUUUUAGAUCUCCGUACGCCACGCAGAGAGCCAAAAAAGGGGGAAAUUAGGGUCUGCUUGAAAUUGGGAAAAUGGCAAUGAGAAAAGUUUAUAGCGAGAUAAAAGGGAUGAAAUUGAAGGAAGUCCCGGGCUAUUUCAAGCCGAUGAUAUCUGUUGGGUACGUGAAGAAGGCUGUUCAGAGGGGUUUGGACAAUUACCAUGCCAAGUACAUCGAGACGGACUCCAUCGAACCUCUUUACCAUCUCUGCUUCGGGGGGAUGAUCUUUUCCUACCUCGUCGCUCUUCCCAACGAGCGUCGUCAUCUCGAGCACAAGCAACAUGCCGAGCAGCAUGGCCAUCACUGAUCCCAUC